CAAACCUCCUCUCGCAACAGAACGUCGAAACAGAGCAGGUCUCGAUGGAGAACUCCUCUGUGUCAGAUGUCGAGUCCUACCAAUCGACGGAACGGGAUCACGUUUCUGACAAUAUCAGCAAUCGGAGCGGCGACGCGGACGAUAACGAGCCCGACUCGUAUCAAUCGACGGAACGCGAUGCUUCCGGCAACAGCGACGAGGACCACAGUGAGGCCAAGGAGAACGACGCCAACGACCAAACUCUCGUCCCCGAGGAAGCUAACGCUGACCGUUAUCGCGGACGUCAUUACCACGGGGAGUGCAACAUCCCUGGCAAUCUGGUGGUCAGCGGAAACCUCGUCGUUCGAGGCGACGUCCUUGUCACUGGCAACGUUAAGUUGAACGGCGACAUGGACGUGGUGGGCGAUGUGGACGUGCAGGGCAAGUUGGACGUGGGCCAAGACGUGAUCGUCGACGGCGAAGCGAUCAUGAAGAGCAGCGUGGACGUUCGCGGUCGCAUGAGGGUGCGCGGCGUCGAUGUUCCGAACGACAGUGUACCAGGAAAUGCGAGCGAGAGGGGAAGCAGCGCCGACGCCGAGGGCGAAACCGAUUACGACGCUGAAAGCGACGGCGGCGCGGCCAUCGAUGAGGCUGGUCAAGAUCGCCCCUGGACUCGCUCCGUUACCCCCCAGUCCGACCUUUCCCGCGAUGCGACACCUUGGUCCGGCGACGGCGUCGCCGCUCCGGUCCCGGAUUGGGGAUAUGUGCACGACGCACUGGCUGCCCGUAGCCAGGUUCCCAAGGCGGAGGUGGACGUUCGGAGCGAGGGCACCAUCGUCGCUGGUCCGUCCGGUUUGCCACAAGACCCGUUGUCGCAUGUUCCGCCUGUGCCUGUCGCGACGGACGUCGAUAUGGACGAGCGGCCGGCGCGUCCGGGACAGGAUAUGGAUGCAUCCAGGGCCGACGUCUCUCCGAUCACAGGGGUAGCGGGCCUCGCCACGUCUCCCGCAGACAAGCCUCCCCGACGUUCUGCACGUCAGGCAGCUCAUGCUCAGGCGGUUGGGAACGAUGCGGCCGAAGACUCGGAGGGCGAGACGGCCGGUACCGAUAACAAGCGAAGCAAGUCGACGCGCCCUGGUGCAUACAAGAAAUUUAAGACCGGGAAGGAGUGACAUACAUCUCAAUGAUAGCCGGACGGAAGACUCGUCUCCUUUUCUCCCUCUUCCUAUAAACUGGACACACGGACUUGUCCAACACUCCUUCACACGAAUGAAGACGACCGUUCAUGUAUCUGGUAUACGAUAUGGCUCUGAUCCAAAUCAAAUCCGUGUUGUCC